AUAGCCCCUAUUAGAUGAUUAACUUUAUUUUUAGUCUUUUCUAUUACAUUAGUAGUUUUUAAUGUUAAAAAUUACUUUUGUGUUUCAUAUUCAUCAAAUCAAACAGCCCAAAAUAUUAAUAUUAAAUCUUUUAAAAUAAAUUGAAAAUGAUAA